CGGAGAGUUGGGCCGGUUAAACUUGGGAAUAUGGAGAAAACGAAGCCACGCGAAUUAGAGGAAAUUUGUAAAGCUAGUUGUUGAGUUGUGUUCGCGGAAAUUCCCCCCGCGCUGAAGGCGCAUGGAAAACCGUUAAAAAAACACGAAUUAUUUGGCAGAGUGCGGUUUGUCAGCUCGGUAUAACGAUCGAGGGAAAGUUAUACGCGUUGCCUUUGUUACGGAGCAAGCUUGCAGUUUUGAGGAUUUUUUGUGUGGUUCAGCUUAUUAUUCAAAAUCGACUCGCUCAAGCCUGCGUGCAUUCACAAAAGUCGCUGCGAUUUCUUCAACGGACUGCACGCUAGACAUUGGGAGAUUUUGACGAAUGAAUCCGCACGCGGGAGAUAAGGAACUGAGCGAUCUACUAGACUUCAGCGCGAUGUUCUCGCCGCCGGGAUCCAUGGUCGGCAGUAAAUCUAGUGGCUCUCUGACGGAAGCUGGGUUAUCGAGUUCCAUGCACGCAUCUAGAACAGGUUCUUUAGACGAGACACCCACGUGGCAAGGCAGUUCUGUGUCGGCCUACGAAGCUCGGGCAUAUCACACGGAUAGUCACGGUGUAUACAGCACGAUCGAAGAUGUGGAGGGCGACUUUAUUUCCCGUAAGGGAGCUGGUUUUACUAAUUCGUAUCUCGAUUCAAACUCUCUAGGAACUUUAGGCUAUAGAGAAUCCGGACUAACAGGAAGUCAGGCUGGCCUCCCUCCACCGCUGCAGACCUCUCAUGAUGUUACUCUAUCAAGUCCAGAUUGGAGAGGAAGAAAGUAUAAGUCAAGCAAAAACAAUAGCUCCCUUUCUGUCUAUUCACCAGGUGCCGAUGACAUGAUGCCUCAUCCUGGGGAUGCCUUGACUCAAUCUCAUUACUCUCCUAAAGGGGGAAUCUACGCUGAUGCUUACUACAUGGAUCAUGGCUCACCAGAUCCAUGGGGGCACACUGGUCAGCUUGGUCCAGGAUCUUACUCUGGUUCAGCUGGCUCCUACAGCAACAGUUAUGGCAUGCAUCCAAGAGAUAGCAUGAGCGAUGUUCGUGGUAUUCCUGUUUCAGCAUUAGCAAAGGGGCCAGCAAUUCACCAACCUAGGGGCUACCAUCACUUAGGCCAUGGUGAGCCAAUGGAGAGACUGUCAAGUUUACCACCGAUGACAUCUUUUAGGCAAACAGGAAUGCACCAUGGUCAAUCAUCACCCUAUCUCCAUUCUUCAGUGUCACCUCCUCUCAAUGGAAGUGAUCCAAUGGCCAGUCACAGCUCUAGGGCACCCACAUCUGGUUCACAAACUGGAGACACACUAGGGAAAGCCCUAGCAUCUAUUUACCCCACAGACAAUGGUGGAUCAUACUCAUCAAACCCAACAACACCAGUAGCAUCUCCUCCCCCCUUGGCCAGUGUCAGUGACAGACCUUUAUCAGCUGGCUCUGGAGCUUCAGGACAUUCUGCAAGCUGGGGAAGAACUAAUCAACCAACAUCACCUCCAUAUGAGAGCCAUCUGCAUUCUCUUCAAAGCAGAAUGGAGGAGAGGCUUGAUGAUGCUAUUCAUGUUUUGCGCACCCAUGCUGAAGGUAGCCUCCCUCCUGGAAUGUCACCAGUGGUAGCUGGAAGCUUGCUGAGUGCUGCUGCGGCAGCAAGUGCAAGUGGGGUUCAGGGUGUUAGCUAUUCAACCUCUGUGGGAAGUAGCGGUACAUCAGCAGUCCCCAUGGAUCAGAUGAGUGGUGGACAUAGUGGAAUGGAGGAUGAUCCAGGAAUGGCAUCACCAAGUAACCUAUCAAGUAGAGGAGCAGCGUCACAAAUGUCCCCCAGUACCUCAGAGACAAGUGAAUCAAGAUAUGGUUCUAAAAUGGACACAGGAGGCGAAAGUGCAAAGAGCAGUAAAGACUCGUCAUCGAAGCAAGAUUUGAAAAGUAACGGGGACUUGGCAGAGGACAGAGACAAAAGGGAUUUGAUUGUGGAUGACGAUGAUGACGAUGAUAAAUUGACAGAAGAUGGUGGUGUCGAUGACAACGGCCGAGUCAGAGUCGUCAGGGAACAAGAACGAAGAUAUGCGAAUAAUGCCAGGGAAAGGUUGAGAGUUCGAGACAUAAACGGAGCCUUCAAAGAAUUGGGAAGAAUGUGUAUGAUGCAUUUACAGGGUGACAAAUCCAACUCUAAUACUAAACAGACUAAGCUUGUAAUCCUUCACCAAGCGGUAUCAGUCAUCACAAGUUUAGAAUCACAAGUUCGAGAACGAAAUCUCAACCCCAAAGCAGCUUGUCUCAAAAGGCGCGAAGAGGAGAAAGUUGAAGAGGAAGCCCCGGAGAAAAGAGCUGUACCGGGAGUGGACAAACCUUUUGACACCUCAGGGGCAGCAGCAGGGCGUGGGAGAGGCAGGCGAGGAAGAAGAUCUUCAAGAGGGGCUUUUAACGGCGAAGGUCGAGGAAUGCCAUGUGGACCACUGAACGGCUAUGAACCAACGGACCAUGGAGAUCCACCCUCCUUAAAUGCGUGACAAGAGUAAACAUGGAAAAAAGUUUUUAAUGGAACAAAGCUAUCAGAGUUUUAUGUAAUUUACAGAUUAAGUACUAAAUGCAGCAAAAUAAGUUUAGAGCAAGAGAGAGAAAAACGAAAAUCUACAAGAAGCGACCUCGUCCGUACUAACCAUUUAUCACUGCUCUCUUUCCUACGCGGCUUAAACUGAGUCUACUUGAUUGACAGUUUUUUCCUUGUUUUGUUUUGUUUUUUUUUUUCCUUCUCUUUUCCCGACGCGUGGCUCCAUGGCGUAUAUAACGCUAGAAAAAGAAGCGUUGAACCUUGUCAAUAAGUAGCUUAUGUUACGUUUAAAGCUUAACUUGAUAACCAGUUGAAGAUUGCCAUGCUAGGGCCGAAGUUUUCACCACGAUCAGAUAUUCUUCUCACUUCAGAGCCAAUUCUUGCUUUUUGUACCUAAAGCUGAUUUGAUAAUUAGAUAUACAUAUGUCUUAUUGCUAUCCUCAAGUUCGAUUCAUGAAGUCUUACAGAAGAAUUCUGCUUUAAAGUUGUAAAUAAGAAAAGAAUCACGUAUCGUCCAACUUUCCAUCUUAGUGUGACGUAAGCUACUCUCUUCUGAUGAGGCCAGAGGUUAGCGUCCAGGUUACAUGUCUUAUGUGCGGCGUUCCAAGUUCAGGACAACCUUGUGAUGUUUUCCUCGUUCCUUCUCCUACACUGAACUAUUUUAACAGCUUUUUCAUCGCGCCAUGAGAUGUGUUUUAUUCUUGGUAUUCCUCAGAAGAAAUAGGCGUUUACUAAUUUAUCCAUUAUACAUUUCACUAGACAACUAAACAUUUUAGAUGAUAUUUUUAUGAAUAUUACCGGUUACUACUUAGAAUAGCAAUCGCCGCUAGUUAAUAACAUCAUCACCCAGACACUGCUUUUGCACUGCAUACCAUCGAAGACUCCUAUAGCAACGAUCUUUCCCCUAGGCUUCUUUCUGCUCUCAUUAUAUUAGCUAUCAGUUGCUUGACUAUUAAAGAUCGAUUGAGUGUAUUUCACUUGAUUUAUCUCGAUAUGUAAUGGAAUACUUAGACAACCUUGGCUGUUGAAUUUGCAAUUUAGCGAGAGCCGUGUUUUGGUGAUAAUGGUGACCUAGGAAGGCCUUUCAGAACUCAAUGUAAAGGCAUUUUUUCUGACAAUCGUAGAGUAUAGCCAUUGAUGUACAUAGAAUUAAAUACUGAUCAGUCAAAUAAAAGCUCAACUUACAGUAA